CUCUGUCCCGGGCUGAUUGCUUUGAGGAGCAAGUGAAAUCUUGGAAGGAGUAACUCGAAACGUGUGCUGAUGCGGCGUGCGUAAUGGCUCACAGAUCCGGGGAAAAGCAAGCAUCUUUGCACGCGUGCAGCGAGUGCGAAUACUCACAUCUUGUACGCGCCCAGUCGGAACUGGUCUCUGGCCAGAUCUGAACACAGAUACCUGCUGCGUACAUAGUUACGCCAGCAUGCGCGCGGAUACAAUUGUCAUUGGCCAGUAUAUGGCCGCAACCAUCUUCCUCUAACUUUAAACGUUCCUGCAGAACGUUUCUAAGAGAUGAUACUAGUGUGAAGUAUUGUUAUAGCCGCGUUUUGAUCUUUAAAAAACCACAACCAGUCCUGUCUGAAUACGCCUGCUGCUGUUACAAACUUCAGUAAACGGUGUUAGAAUUGCGAGCAGGAGCAAAGAGUACUGGUGGUUCCCUUCCUGUGGCUGCUUGGGUUUCUCAUAAUAGGGAAAGCUUACGUUUUUCCAAAUUUAGUACUUGGACUCGAGGGCAGGCAUGCAGUUUGAAACUCCAGGGUGUUUUGAGGGACUACAUUUCAAUUUAACGUUGUCCCUUUUGAUGCUAGUCACGGGCCAGAAAAAGGAUGGAAGUUGAGACCUGGUGCUUUCCUUUAGCUCGUAACGUGCGUAUAGAGGAAAGCCUGAGAUAACACACGUACGUACGCAUCCUUUGUGAGGUCUGAUAAGCCCAUGCUUUUUGUAAGCCCCGUCGCCACUGUUUGAUCAGAAAUGCGUUGGUCCUAGGGACCGCUGGUACGUAGGAGCGAACGCAGAUAGAUGGUUGGAUCGUAACCGGCUGCAUCCUUCAGGCGUUAGGAUCUGUGCCGCUGUUUGGGGUAGAACUGAACUGCCGACCUCUUGGGAACCCGAGACAAGUAAAUUCCAGCUUUCGUUUUGAAUAGUUUUGCUCAGGAAAGGAAAAGAAUCAGGCUCCUGAAAAAGCAGAAGGACAGAAGGUAAAGAAAGAGCACCCUUCCUCCGUGCUUGCUGAGCGCUGCUACAGCGCUGGAUUUUCUAGAAGGCGCAGCAGGAAGUCCCUCAACCUCCCGUUGAGAUUGCACUGCCAGAUUUUUCAGCUGCUAUUGUAAUGAUUGGUCUAAACUUGUGGUACCAUCCUCCGAUGCUCUGCCCACAUUCUCCUCCCGCUUUUUCGUGUUUUCUUUUUUUUUCUCCUCUUCCAGUGAGAAGACGCAAAUGUAAAUCCCUCUCUCCUCUUCCCUCCUGUAUUCAGAUAGCUCUGAGCGGAGACGAUGCUAGAUCUGCUGGAGUACGAAUGGGACUGAACCCCGAGCUGGCUGGAUCAGCUGUUUUUUAAACCCGGUUCUUGACCGGAGAGCUUUUAAAGGGGCAGUUCAUUGGAAAAGCUUGUAAAGAUGAGCCGGUAGUUACACGGCUGAACAGCACCUCGUGCAGGGAACUUGCUGAUCUGGUGCAGUGGCAGCUCUGGGCUCAGGAAAGAAAAAAAACAAAAAGCACCCUUAAGCUGAGGGAGAUUGUAAAGCAUAUGCAAAGGUUGCCAGCAGAGAAAGAAGCCAAAGGAGAUAAACGGGAAUUAGAUGCCAAAUUGCCCUGUGUGCUCAGGGAAGCUGGUCUCGGCAGUGAGAUAGAAUCUAAAUACAGUGAUAAUCCCUACUGGUUACAAAUACAUGUAGUACCUGGCUGCCUGGUUGCCUUGGAGACUGACAUUUCAUUUAGUUGGUGGAAGUAACCGAUUUCACUAGCUGGGAGCUCUUGAACCACAAAGAGGAAACGAGAUGUAAUUAGGGGACUCUUCAGGAUGGUGGAGUGGAAGCAGAUAGAGAACGGGAGGCAGCUAGCAAGAAAGCAGAGCUGAGCUGGGAAGAUGUGGAAGGAUGAGGUGGACAAGAAGACACCUUUGCAACAACCUGGGGCUCUUGAGAGGCUGGCGUGGGAUCCUUUCAUAGCAUUUCAUCUUGACAAGGCACUGGUCAGAAAGUAUAUGAGUCCGCUAUUGAUUGGAGAACUAGCACCAGAUCAACCCAGCUUUGAGCCCAGCAAGAAUAAGAGGCUGGUAGAAGAUUUCCGAGAACUCCGUACAACUGUUGAGAAGAUGGGGCUUCUCAACCCCAACUGCGCGUUUUUCAUGCUGCAUCUCUGUCACAUCCUGCUGCUGGAUGUUGCUGCCUGGCUCACCAUCUGGUAUUUUGGAUCAUCCAUGGUGCCUUUCCUCUUCUCUGCAGUACUUCUAGGCACUGUCCAGGUCCAGGCUGGCUGGCUCCAGCAUGAUUUUGGACACCUUUCAGUCUUUAGCAAGCCCAAAUGGAACCACUGGCUUCACAAGUUUGUGAUCGGCCAUCUGAAGGGAGCACCAGCCAGCUGGUGGAAUCACCUCCACUUCCAACACCACGCUAAACCCAACUGCUUCCAGAAGGACCCUGACAUUAACAUGCACCCCUUAUUUUUUGCUUUGGGAAAAACACUUUCUGUGGAGCUUGGUGUAAAGAAGAAGAAAUUCAUGCCUUAUAACCACCAGCACAAGUACUUCUUCAUCAUUGGUCCCCCAGCUCUGGUGCCGCUUUACUUCCAGUGGUACAUAUUCUACUUUGUGGUGCAGCGGAAACAAUGGGUGGACCUGGCCUGGAUGCUGACUUUCUACAUCCGAUUCUUUCUCACCUACUUUCUCUUACUGGAGGUGAAAGGUAUCCUGGGGCUUUUUCUGUUAGUCAGGUUCAUAGAGAGUAACUGGUUUGUCUGGGUUACACAAAUGAGUCACAUCCCGAUGCACAUCGAUUAUGAUAAGAACAUGGACUGGUUCUCCACCCAGCUCCAGGCAACCUGCAAUGUUCAGCACUCCCUAUUCAAUGACUGGUUUAGUGGACACCUGAACUUCCAAAUCGAACACCACCUUUUUCCCACAAUGCCUCGACACAACUACUGGAAGGUGGCCCCUCUGGUGAAGUCCCUGUGCGCCAAACAUGGCAUUGAGUACCAGUGCAAAACGUUGCUCACCGCCCUUGCAGACAUUGUGCACUCUCUGAAAGAUUCAGGGGAACUCUGGCUUGAUGCUUAUCUACAUAAAUAAAAAGCAGUGGAUCCUUACAGAGGAAUUCCCCACCCUUGUUGCCUCCUGUGGUCAUUGCCAAGAAGAUACCUCACAGAGGAGAGAGAACUGGCUAAGCCAGAGGUGGGGAGAUGCCCCAGCUUAAUUCCAGUGAUGAAAGUGAUUAAUAUGAUUUUUUUUUUUUUUUUUUUUUUUUUGAAGAUGUGUUCUUAAUUCUUCUCAUGCUUCUUUCGUUCCUCUUCUCUGGUGCUGAGCUACAACGAAAAGUAGAACAGAGGAGGCUCUAUCAAGCUGGAAGCGGCUUUGAGGCUGGGAACAGAUACCUUUCUGUCUGCUGAUAUUUCAUUUACUGAGCAUAUAGGAGGAAAAUCUCUUAUCUAACAUAGGUUUUUGUGAGAUGGCUGUCAUUGUGAAUGAGCUAAGAAAGCUGAGACAGUGUGAGAUUAGAGAACAGGGGAGUUUUUGAAACGUAGAGGCAAUAAGAAGAAAUUGUGUAGGUGCUACAUUUUCAAAUAUCUAUAUGCAGUUAACAAUGGCAAUAGAAGUGCCCAAACCAAGAGGGAGUGGGGAAACAUGUAUGUUCCCCCAAAUGUAUAUAUGUGGAUGAGGGGGAGAAGAUGCAGACAAGAGUUCUGUAGAAAUAAGUAUGAGAAAAAGAGACCAAACUGGAAGAGACCCUAGCUGAGGUAGGGAACCUGGAAAAUGCAGGUUACUCCCCUCCCCAGGCAAGUGGAUGUGACAGCCAUGCCAUGUUCUGUGGGAAAGCUACCCUGUGCAUCUCUUUUACGGUGAAGGCCUCUGGGUUACUUGCAGAUUUGUAAUUUCCCUUGGAGUCUCUGCCAGCUGUUUCCACAGUGCCAUACUUCUGACUGCUAUUGAACCAAUUACUGAUAGUCAGGAGAGACAGAAACAUGGAAAGCCCAUACUCAGGAUUCCUGUAUGGGUUCCUAAAGAAGCAAAAGGGUAAUCCAUCUGUGGCUACCUGCAGCUUAGUUCUAUUUGAACCUCUGUACAAAUGAAUGGUUUGUUAAGUGGAGAGAAUUUGGGACUUUUGGCCCAUGGACCGUAAGGUGCUCCUAAUCUGAGCUGAAGACAAAUUUAAUUCAGUUGUAGAAGCGUUAGGGUUUAGGGUACUGUUUAAACGAAUUUAACCUUUCAACCAGCAGAAGCCAGUGGGCUGUGUAUCCAUAGACACGCAUCAGCCAGUACAUUGCUGGUCUUUUUCUGUUGCAUGAUGUGCCUUCAAAACACACCCCAAGAGGGCAUGUACUGUGCGAUCUAUUUGAGUAUUAGCCUUACUGCAUUUCCUGGUGUCUUAUCGUUUGCUACACCAACGUUACAGAUGCCAAACCGGACAUAGCACUUGGCAUAACACUGGUGAAAACAGCUCCAUCAUCUUUUUGUCUUUAAGCCUUCAGCUCUUUUAACUGUGUUCUGGGACCAAUCCCAUUUUUUCCUGUCUCAUGUAGAUGAACGAGGUGGUUUUCCACCUGUUUUGUGCUCUUUUCUUUACCCUUUUUCUUUCUGUGUUCAGUCAGCGUGCCUGAUGCAAUGUGCCUGAUUGCAAGACUGAAGUAAUGGGUGCUUUAAUCUUCGGAAGGGAUGGGUUGAUUUUCAAGAAGAUAUGGUGGUGCCUCUUUAUGUAGAUUGUAGAUUAAAAGACAAAUACCUGUUUUAGAAAGAAUUUAUGACCUCUGAUUAACCUUGCUGAUUUUUGCAAAUGAAUGAUGAUUCAGUGAGAGCAUUUUCUUGUAUGACCCGCAGAUGACAUAGUCCAUUAUAAGAAGGUUGAGCUGUAUUGGCAAUACCUGUACUGUACUGUUUUCACCUAACUGACCUAAAUCCAUGAAGGUAGGCUGUUACGCUAAAUAAAUCAGAAAAUUUGUUCAGAAGAGUGAAGACCACGUGGAAGAAAAGUAGUUCUCCUCCUGUGGCAUUCACAUCCAGAACUCUGUGCCCCCAACCUUCAGUGGACAAACCACUCGAGGAGGAGAAGGUGAAACAUCCUAGAGUGAAAUAUCCCCACAGACAAAUAAAUUGAUCCAGCUGCAAUCCAUUGAUGAACAACUUUAUAUGCAUUACAAGCUACGGACAACAAGUGUUCUUCUAGGCAACAAAUAAUAUCAGCCCCCCCCCCUCAGUUAAAUAUCUCAGCACACAAAGUAGAAGUCUGGACUUUUUAUUUUUUCUUUUGUUUUUGAAGACUAUCUCCAUUUAUUCCCUUUACUUAUAAUUUAUGUGUGUCUGUGCAGCUACAAAUAACAUUGUUCCAGUGAUUUCCUAAUAAUCAGCUGUCAUUGAGGCUGAUAGAUAUUACUGAAGAUGAUUUUGAUUAAAAAGUACCAUUAUUCAAAAUUUGCUUUGAAUGUCACUUGAAAAUCCCCUCUAACUAGUACCUAGAAUAGUUCUGUGUUCCUAAAACCAAGGUGAGUUAGAACGAUAUGUACAGUUAUGUAAGAACAGCACAGCAAAAGAAAUGUGGCACAAUCAUUGUCAAUUGUUAGGAAUUGGGUUCUGCUCGUUUAAAUAAAGUGUAUUAUGUAGAAUGAUGCAGCUUCUAUUAAUGCAGCAAUCCUAUGCCCAGCUUCUUGGAGCUUAAUUCAAUGCUUUGUUCCAAUCGAAAUAAAUGGGAAGUUGAUAUCGUU